CACCCAGACGUGACACCAUGAAUGUCCACUGCCUGUGGCUCCUCCUGAUUCUAGGACACAUGGCUUUGUUUGACUCAUCACAGACAUGGGUGGUUGAGCAUCCCCAAACCCUCUUCGCCUGGGAGGGAGCCUGCAUCUGGAUUCCUUGCACAUACAAAAUGUCAGAUUCCGGUGCCAGACAGCUCAAUAUCCUCUUGUAUCAGAAAUACGAGUUUGACAAUAAGACCAAGGACUUCACUGGGAUUGUCCUCUAUAACAACACAAAGAUUGGGUCAUCCGCUUCUAAGGAUAGAAGGGUAACAUUCUUGGGAGACAGAAACUCUAACUGUACCCUGGAAAUCCUCGAGAUACGCGAGAGUGACCGAGGGCCGCUGGGGUUGAGGAUGAUAUCGGGCAAGGACAAGUGGAUGGAGCACAUUUACCUCAACAUCUCCAAGACACCCUUCUCACCUUCUAUCAAGCUGCCAUCAAAAGAAAUCCAGGCAUCCCGAAGUGUCACUCUGACCUGUACACUGAAUUAUGCCUGCCCUCAGUACCCCAUUCGCUUGGAGUGGUCCCUGAAAGAGCCCGAAAUCACCCUUGUCAGCUAUUCCGUUAAGAAUGUCUACACAGAGAGCAAGCUCACCUUCCAACCAAAAUGGACGGACCACGGAAGGAACGUGACGUGCCGAGUCUUGAACCAUACGGAUGUGCUCUCCGAGAACACAGUGCGCCUGGAUGUUAAACACUUGCCGCAGCUCACGAUCAAGGUCAGUGCUACAGAGGUCAUGGAGGGUGACUCUGUGACCAUGACCUGCCAAGUCACCAGCAGCAACCCAGAACACAGCCCGGUGUCCUGGGUCAAGGAUGGGCACCGCCUGCCGGAACAGACACCCACACUAACUCUGAGUGAAGUGACCAAGAACAUGAGUGGGAAAUACCGCUGCCAGGCUUUAAACAACUUGGGCACAGGACGGUCAGAAGAAGUGGCUCUCACGGUGCUGUUUCCUCCAGAACCUUCCAGGGUUCACAUCUACCACCCACCUGCUAAAGAGGAGCAGUCAAUUGAGCUGGUUUGUGACUCACCGGCCAGCCCAAGAGCGACAAACUAUACCUGGUACCACAAUGGAAAAGAAGUGCCUGGAGAGACACAGGAGAAGCUCUUGAUCCCUAAAGUCUCCCUGAGGCAUGCUGGGACUUACUCUUGCUUGGCAGAGAACCGCCUGGGUCGUGGACAGAAAAAAGAGGAAGCUGAACUGGAUGUCCAGUAUGCCCCCAAGGCGGUAACCACAAUUAUUCAAAACUCUACACAAAUUCGGGAAAGAGACAGCGUGACCGUGGCCUGUCACUACAACUCUAGCAAUCCUAAAGUCACCCACUAUAGGUGGAAUCCUCCAGGUUCUGGGUAUGAGAUCACACCUGGAAUGCUGAGGAUUCAGAACGUCAAGUGGAACUCCGAGCCCAUCAGCUGUGCUGCCUGUAACGAGUGGUGUUCGUGGGCCUCCCCCGUCAGCCUGAAUGUCCACUAUGCACCCAGAGAAGUGAUGGUCCAGAAAGUGAAGCCGCAGUCAUCAGAGAUCCGUGCUGGGGAGCACGUCCUCCUCCGAUGUGAAUUCUCCAGGAGCCACCCAGCAGAGGUCCGCUUCUUCUGGAAGAAGAACGGGAAUCUUGUGCAGGAAGGGAAAGAACUGAGCUUCAGCCCCAUCUCCCCAGAGGAUUCUGGAAAUUACAACUGCUUAGUCAACAACUCCAUCGGAGAGACCCCGUCGCAGUCCUGGUACCUCCGCGUGCUGUAUGCCCCUCGGAGGCUGCGCGUGUCUAUUAGCCCCGGGGACAGCAUAAUGGAAGGGAAACAGGCCACUCUGUCCUGCGAGAGUGAUGCCGACCCACCCGUCUCGCAGUACGUCUGGUUUGACCCCAGUAACCGAGACCUUCACGUCUCGGGCCAGAAGCUGAGGCUGGAACCGCUGAAGGUCCAACACACGGGCUCUUACCGCUGCCAAGGUAGCAACAUGCUGGGCAAGGACGUGUCACCGCCCAGUACCCUCACUGUCUACUAUAGCCCAGAGACCAUCGGCAAGCGGGUUGCCUUGGGACUAGGGUUCUGCCUCGCUGUCUGUAUCCUGACUAUCUGGGGGAUGAAACUUCAGAAAAAAUGGAAACAUAAUCAGAACCAGCAGGGGCUUCAGGAAAAUUCCAGUGGCCAGAGCUUUUUUGUAAGGAAUAAAAAGGCUAGAAGGACCCCUCUCUCAGAAGGCCCCCAGUCCCAGGGUUGCCACAACCCGAUGAUGGAUGACAGCGUUAGCUAUGCCAUCUUGCUCUUUCCAGAGACUGGCGCGCCUAGAGCUGGUGAUGCAGGGACCUCAGACACACAGGGUUCUCCUCCAAACAACAAUGACACGGUCACUUACUCGGUGAUACAGAAACGUCACGUGGGUGACUAUGAGAAUGUAACUCCAAGCUGCCCUGAGGAUGACAGCAUCCACUACUCAGAGUUGGUUCAGUUUGGGGCUGGGAAGCGGCCUGAGGCAAAGGAAGAUGUAGAAUAUGUGACCCUCAAGCACUGAUGUUGGGAGUAGCUGCAGUAGAAGGUUCUGGAGCUCAAGGAAGACCUAUAACUUCAUUAUCUGCUGUGGCUCAGCUGCUAAGUCACCUAUAACUUCCAAGGCAGCUCCCUGGGCACACACAUGGGUGUGCAGGCCUGCACAAUCAUUUAAAAUCUUGGGUCUGGCCAGAGCCAGCCAGCCUUCUCUGCACUGAUGAUGAUCACCCACUUGUACAAUGCCGGCUUCUCCAAGCUCAGCCAUCUGCCACCAUCCACUUCAUCUCGAGCUUCACUUCAACUAGAUGUGUUCCUGCUGUGAUCAGCUGGAAUUGUCACCAACAUUUCUUCUUCUCUGUCCCCUGGAUACUCCACCCGCACUCACUAAUCUUAUUACCCAGUUUCUGGCCCUGGAGAGAAAUCCUUAGAAAACAUAGAACUAAGGAAGCUAGAGGCACUGUCCUCAGCUGGCUUUUCCUCUACAAAUAUGUCUACCAGUAAGUCAGGCCUUCCGUGGAGAUGGUGCCUUCCCUCUGGGGUCCUGGGCACUGACCAGGCAGGACGACAUGGACCUAUGUAUAAUCCACUAAGUAUUUCAUAAUAAAAACAGCGCAGAUGUCACAUGAACUCUUCCCCACUGGUGACUGGUGCAAUUAUACUGAAAGCCUGUGGUGGGAAUGGUUUUUUGGAACUUGGAGGGAGGGGAAGAGGCCGUGGUCAGUGGUAAAACACCUGCCUAGAAUCCCCCAGUGAGGGGCUGGGGUGUGGCUCAGUGGUAGAUCUCUUACUAGAAUCCCACAGUGAAGGGUUGGGGUGAAGCUCUAGGAUAUUUGCCUGGAACUCAUGAAGCCCUAAGUUCAAUACCAACACUUCAUGGCAAUGGUACCCCCAUUUGAUCAUGAGAUUACCCUGAGCC